AGGGACUACGAUGAUCUGACAGCAGUAAACCAGCAGAGACACAGAGGAACAACUUAACAGAACAAAUACAAAACAUGAAGACAAAGUGGAAUAAACUCAACGUCAGUCGAGCUCAGUGGAGCAUUGAUGCCUACUGCCCCAAAACAAAUAACGGGAGACGAUGUAAAGCUUGUCAGGAGGGCUGGGAACUCACCGAGCCCAGCUGCUAUGAGGUUCAUAACGUUGUUUCUUCUGAUCAGAAAACCUGGGAAGAAGCUCGAGAAGACUGCAGAGGAAAGAGUUCACAUUUGGCUGUUUAUACUAAAGAGGAACAUGGCAUGAUCAGUAAAUACAGCCCAGAUAGUUCAGGAACUGAUGGAUACUGGAUUGGCCUGAGAGCUGAAGGUGGAAUGUGGGAGUGGGUUGAUGGAAGUGAUCCAGCUGUAAAUGACUGGACACAACAAAAUCUUCCUACUGACGGUCAGUGUGUAAUGUCUGUCCAUGAGGCAGAAUGGAGAUCAGUGAGCUGUGCUGAGAAAAAACGAUGGAUCUGCAAAAUGAAGGCUUUAUCUGUUUAAACACUGCAGUCAGACUCUGCAUGAUAAUAUCAACUGACUUGUGAAUAUCAAACGUGUGUUUGUGCUCUGUGUGUUUCUCUCUGCAUCUUUGUUAGAGAUGCAGUGAUUAAAUGUGUUAUACCAGAUUGAUGAAAGGGAACAACUUCUUUAGGAUGUAGGAAGGAUGGCUUUUUUGCACAAGUAUAGAAAAUGGUAAAUUUGCAUAGCUCUUUGAGUAGGCUAAAUGUUUACUGUACAUUUGUCUUUUAAUUGUUUUAACCCUGUGCUUGUUUUGUGUCUGUGUUGUAACUCUUGCAGCAAUGUCUUCCUGUGUCAAUAAUUCAUUUCUCAUUGGGGAGACUAAUAAAGAUACUUUGA